AUGCAGAACAACUUGAUCGCCUGUGUGAUUGUCGUCUUCCUCUGCAUAAUCUCCUCCAGCAUUGUAGGCGCCAUCAGCGCCCUCUCCCGCAUGGUACCCGCAGCCAUGGUCAACCCCUACCUCUACCUUACCGACUGCAAAGUUUGUGCAACUCUCCUCACGGUUAAGUUAUGUGUGACUAUGUAA